AUGCCUUAUGACAUUAUCGCUAACAUAAGUCAGUAUCUUGAUUUAUGUUCAAAUACAAGUUUAAUGGACACAUGUCGACAUAUGCGCUACAUGUAUUUGUCUUCGAAAUAUUUAUGGAGAAGAAUAGUAUUCGAUUUAAAUCAUACAACUGACUUACAUAGAAUAUACUCCUCAUUAAGAAAGCUAGAUGAUUCAAAUGGUUUACGUCAACAUAUUACUGAGAUUAUAAUGGAUGAUACUGAUGAUGCAGACCUCUCACCAAUUAUUAUGUUGAUCAAAUUCCCACAUUUACGAAAAUUAAGUGCUAGAAAUAGAAAAGAAAAUACAAAUUUAGAAGUUGAUGUUAAACUGCUACAAGAAAUGAUGAAGUUUGGAUCGCUUAAAGCAGGAACAUUACCUAUUGAAAAAUUAAACAUCUAUCAUUAUUAUAUGGAUUUUGAACCUCAUUUAUUGGUUUAUCAAAAGACAUGGAAUAGACUAUCUAUUCAUCCUCAUGUAGAAUUAGACAUUAGAAUUUGUGGUUAUUUACCAGAAGAUCAAAAAGACAAUGAGAUUGAGAGAGAAUUAAGUUUAUUGGAACAGCGUAUUCAACGAUUACAGAUGCAGCAAGAUAGUCAACGUAGACAUUUGGCACCGCUACCCGAUACAGAACAUAGACAAGUGAGUCGAUGUCAGAGAAUAGUAUGUGUUACUGCAAAAUGCUGGUCUUGUGGAUACCAGUUUGAACAUUGUUGGAAGUGCGUGCCUGUAUGUAGUGGAUGUAAUCUAAAGAGAAUACCCCCAAUGGCAAAUGAUAACCAAAAUCGGUUAAAAAAUCGUCGUCAAAAAGAACUCAAGAAACAAGUUAUGGCUGAUGAGGAUGACUUUAGUGUUUUUAGUUAA